AUGGGGGAUUUCGCAGCCCCCGCUGCUGCCGCAAAUGGCAGUAGUAUUUGCAUCAACAGUAGCCUGAACAGCAGCCUCGGCGGGGCCGGGAUCGGUGUGAAUAAUACUCCCAAUAGUACUCCCGCUGCUCCGAGUAGCAAUCACCCCGCUGCCGGUGGCUGCGGCGGCGGCAGCGGCUCCGGGGGCCCAGGUGGCGGAUCGGCGACCGUCCCCAAGCACAGCACCGUGGUCGAGCGGCUCCGCCAGCGCAUCGAGGGCUGCCGGCGGCACCACGUCAACUGCGAGAACAGGUACCAGCAGGCUCAGGUGGAGCAGCUGGAGCUGGAGCGCCGGGACACCGUGAGCCUUUAUCAGCGGACCCUGGAGCAGAGGGCCAAGAAAUCGGGCGCCGGCACCGGCAAGCAGCAGCACCCGAGCAAACCCCAGCAAGAUGCGGAGGCUGCCUCGGCGGAGCAGAGGAACCACACGCUGAUCAUGCUCCAAGAGACUGUGAAAAGGAAGUUGGAAGGAGCCCGAUCACCACUUAAUGGAGACCAGCAGAAUGGUGCUUGCGAUGGGAAUUUUUCUCCAACAAGCAAGAGAAUUCGAAAGGACAUUCCCACGGGGAUGGAAGCCAUCAACAAUUUGCCCAAUAGCCUGCCACUGCCUUCAGCUUCUCCUCUUCACCAACUUGACCUGAAGCCUUCUUUGCCCUUACAGAAUACUGGAACUCACACUCCUGGGCUUCUAGAAGAUCUAAGUAAGAAUGGGAGGCUCCCUGAAAUUAAACUUCCUGUCAACGGUUGCAGUGACUUAGAGGACAGCUUCACCAUCUUGCAGAGCAAGGACCUCAAACAAGAACCUUUAGAUGACCCUACUUGCAUAGACACAUCAGAAACAUCUCUUUCAAAUCAGAACAAGCUGUUCUCAGACAUCAAUCUGAAUGAUCAGGAGUGGCAAGAGUUAAUAGAUGAAUUGGCCAACACGGUUCCUGAAGAUGACAUACAGGACCUGUUCAAUGAAGACUUUGAAGAGAAGAAGGACCCAGAAUUCUCACAGCCAGCAACUGAGACCCCUCUCUCCCAGGAGAGCGCGAGCGUGAAGAGUGACCCCUCUCACUCUCCUUUUGCGCAUGUCUCCAUGGGCUCUCCCCAGGUGAGGCCUUCUUCUUCUGGUCCUCCCUUUUCUACCGUCUCCACGGCCACUAGUUUACCUUCUAUUGCCAGCACUCCCGCAGCUCCGAACCCCGCCAGCUCACCAGCAAACUGUGCUGUCCAGUCCCCCCAGACUCCAAACCAAGCCCACACUCCAGGCCAAGCUCCACCUCGGCCUGGCAAUGGCUAUCUCCUUAAUCCAGCAGCAGUGCCCGUGGCCGGCUCAGGGUCAGGCCCUGUGGCUGUGCCCAGCUCUGACAUGUCCCCGGCGGAGCAGCUCAAACAGAUGGCCGCACAGCAACAACAAAGGGCCAAACUCAUGCAACAGAAGCAGCAGCAGCAGCAGCAGCAGCAACAGCAACAACAACAACAGCAGCAACAACAACAGCAGCAACAGCAACACUCAAAUCAGACUUCAAGUUGGUCUCCCUUAGGGCCCCCAUCUAGUCCAUAUGGAGCAGCUUUUACUGCAGAAAAACCAAAUAGCCCAAUGAUGUACCCCCAAGCCUUUAACAACCAAAACCCUAUAGUGCCUCCCAUGGCAAACAACCUACAGAAGACGACAAUGAAUAACUACCUCCCUCAGAAUCACAUGAAUAUGAUCAAUCAGCAGCCAAAUAACUUGGGUACAAACUCCUUAAACAAACAGCACAAUAUUCUUACUUAUGGCAACACUAAACCUCUGACCCAUUUCAAUGCAGACUUGAGUCAGAGAAUGACACCCCCCAUGGCCAACCCCAACAAAAAUCCCUUGAUGCCAUAUAUCCAGCAGCCGCCGCAGCAACAGCAGCAGCAGCAGCAGCAGCAGCCGCCGCCACCACAGCUCCAGGCUCCCAGGGCACACCUGAGCGAGGACCAGAAACGCAUGCUUCUCAUGAAGCAGAAAGGCGUGAUGAAUCAGCCCAUGGCUUAUGCUGCACUUCCGUCCCACGGUCAGGAGCAGCACCCGGUCGGGCUUCCCCGGACCACAGGUCCCAUGCAGUCCUCUGUGCCGCCAGGUUCCGGUGGCAUGGUCUCUGGAGCCAGUCCCUCAGGCCCGGGAUUCCUGGGCAGCCAGCCCCAGGCCGCCAUCAUGAAACAGAUGCUCAUGGAUCAGCGGGCCCAGUUGAUGGAGCAGCAGAAGCAACAGUUCCUGCGGGAGCAAAGGCAGCAACAGCAGCAGCAGCAGCAGAUUCUGGCCGAGCAGCAGUUGCAGCAAUCGCAUUUACCCCGGCAGCACCUCCAGCAACAGCGGAAUCCGUACCCAGUGCAGCAGGUCAAUCAGUUUCAAGGCUCUCCCCAGGACAUAGCAGCUGUGAGAAGCCAAGCAGCCCUCCAGAGCAUGCGAACGUCACGGUUGAUGGCACAGAACACAGGCAUGAUGGGAAUGGGAGCCUCCCAGAACCCUGGGACAAUGGCCACAGCAGCCACCCAAUCGGAGAUAGGACUGGCCCCUUAUAGCACCACGCCUACCAGCCAACCAGGAAUGUACAGUAUGAGCACAGGAAUGACCCAAAUGUUGCAGCACCCAAACCAAAGUGGCAUGAGCAUCACACACAACCAAGCCCAGGGACCAAGGCAGCCUGCCUCUGGGCAAGGGGUUGGAAUGGUGAGUGGUUUUAGUCAGAGCAUGCUGGUGAACUCGGCCAUCACCCAGCAGCACCAGCAGAUGAAGGGGCCAGUCAGCCAGGCCUUGCCUAGGCCCCAAGCCCCUCCGAGGCUUCAGAGCAUUAUGGGAACAGUCCAGCAAGGAGCACAAAGCUGGCAACAGAGGAGCUUGCAGGGGAUGCCUGGGAGGACUAGUGGAGAAUUAGGACCAUUCAACAAUGGCGCCAGCUACCCACUUCAAGCUGGCCAGCCGAGACUGACCAAGCAACACUUCCCACAGGGACUGAGCCAGUCAGUCGUGGAUGCUAACACAGGCGCGGUGAGAACACUCAACCCAGCUGCCAUGGGUCGGCAGAUGAUGCCAGCACUUCCGGGGCAGCAAGGCACCAGCCAGGCAAGGCCGAUGGUCCUGUCUGGCCUGAGCCAGGGUGUCCCCGGCAUGCCAGCAUUCAACCAGCCCCCAGCACAGCCACAGAUGCCCAGUGGCAGCUUUGCUCCCAGCAGCCAGAGCCAAGCCUAUGAGCGGAACCCCCCUCAGGACAUGUCAUACAAUUACAGUGGCGAAGGAGCCGGGGCUUCCUUCCCUGGCCUCCCAGACAGUGCAGACCUUGUGGACUCCAUCAUCAAAGGCGGGCCAGGGGAUGAGUGGAUGCAGGAGCUUGAUGAAUUGUUUGGUAACCCCUAGUCAAGAGGGGCCCCCAGGAGCCACAAGUCUAGUGGUUAAAGCUUAAAAAGUGAAAAAGAAACAGGAUGUUGGCCCAUCCUUGUUCUUUGUUUUUUUGACCCAUGUAAACUGAGCAAAACUGCAGCUGGCUGACAGUGGAAGAUCCAGGUGCCAAUCCACAGUCCCGCCGGGCCUCAUUUCACCUGAUAUUCACACAGCAACCGAGAUGAGACGCCAUGCAGAUCCCUGCUGCGAGAGGGAGCCACGAGAGGGGCUGGCAGGGAAGACGCAGCCAGCCAGAGCUCCUGCUCAGCACUCCCUGUCAUGGCCUAGACCGGCCAGCGCCGCUCCAGCCAAGAGGGACUAUUGCCCAAGCGAGGUGUCCGGGAGCCCCUCCUGCCCCAGGUCCGGAGACUGCAGCUUUGGAGACACAAAAGAGGCAGAGCCUCAGCCAGGGAGAGCCCCAUAGAGGCUGCUGGGUGGUGGCACAGGCCAAGUGCACAGGUCAGAAUGCACCGAACCCUGGGUGGAAAGAGGCAGGAGGCUUCAACACAUGCUACUGUAUUUGGAGGGUAGGCACAAAAAACAGCGAUAGGCUCACAGGGAGACAACAAAGGGUCCUGCUGGCCCAUCUGACUCCUGCCACGUGGUGACCCCUGGGAAUUGCAGAGGUGUUGCCGCUGGUGCCUCAUAAGGAAGCCAACUGAGUCUGGAGAAGGGGCAGUCCAGGGGGCUGCCUUCUGCUGGGGACCAUGGUGGUCUGCUGGGGACCACUCCAGGUUGGGCUGGAGCCUCCUGGGGGCCUGGUGCAACACCAAUGCUUGCAGGUAGUUCACAGCUGCUUUGGGGGCCGCAGGGUGGAGAGACCCCAGCUGGCUUCCAAGUGUCUGCCAGCCCGGCUGCCCUUGUGCCCCCCACCGCUGUGAUUCCUCCUGGCCUCCACCCCAGCCUGCCCUUGCUUCUCCUCACAGACAAUCCAAGGAUAAGGGACACUUUCGUCUUUCAGGAGCCUAGGCAGAGUCCAGAUAAAUGCAAGAACUUAGACAAUGCCCAAAAUGCAAAGGCGACAAUGGCGUUUUCUUUCUCUCCAUGUGUGGAGUUGAAUGAAUAUCUCCACCUGGAACUGAGAGGGUGGCUCUGAUGUGUGGGCGUCAGUUGAUGGGAGCCGGAUCUGAUGCUUCUGGUGUCCCCAGGCAGGAGUGGCCUGGAGGUCGCUGGUUCUGGCUCCUUCCAGGAAAAUCCCAGGGGUGAUGCUCUGAAAUCAGCCUUGCCCAUCAUCCCUACUCAUCGGAAAGACAAACAUAAAACCCAGAUGGAAGAGCUAAAACAUCAAUUGCUCCACCUUACAAAUUUAGAUGAUCAAAGCGGGGAAGAUACGGUUCCUUCCCUAUGGGCAAAGUGAUCCACUUCAAAAGUUCUGUACAGUUGUUCUCUUUGUGAUUCACUCGCAUCUGCCCUAAGUGAAAUCUGUCGGAAGGAAUCGACAGUGUCCACUGUAGCCAGGCUAGUCUCUGUGGUCCUUGCCUCCCCUCCCACCGCCCCCUCUUGGAAGCCAUAGGCCUAAGUGUUGUCGUAAGUAAGAGUGGCCUGUACUUUUCUCCUGUCCCCUCCUCCCUCUGGGCCCUAAACAGUGGCUCCCUUCUGUGCACUCCACGUGCUCACGCGGCAGCGCUGAAGCAUGUGAGGGCUGGACGGGUGCACUUGGGAAGUCCUGAGAAUGCCAGUUCCAGUGGAAGGCUGGGGCCGAGGGGCUUGGGGAGGAGGCAGGUGGGCAAACGAUGCCCUUGGCUUGCUCCCCACAUACCCAGGGUUCUAGAUCUGCUCAGCAAGGGGCAGGGUGUGAGGCCGGGGGCGCCAGGAGGGUGAGGACCCAGGCAGAGGCUGUGUGCCCUCUCCAAACAGGUGGCAGCAGGGUGACCCUAAACUCCCUGAACUAGGGAGCGAUGCCAACAGGGAAACUCUGAGUGGAAACAGAUGAAAACCAAAAAAAAAAAAGA